GCCCCUGAAGAGCAGUUGCUCACUUGGAUGCAGCGGGUCGGCAGCAGUUUCUCCAACGGGAACCGGGUGGCGUCGCGGAGUCCCAGUGUGGCCCUCGCUGAACGCAAUCAGGUGGCCACACUGCCGGUGCAGCUGCUGAGGGACCACCCGGCCGCUGUGCAGGACCAUGGCCAUACCGCAGACGACUUCCAAAUGAAGAUGGACGCGCAGGGCUUCGCCCCCGAGGAGCUGGUGGUGCAGGUGGCUGGGCAGAACCUGACGGUGACCGGCCAGCGGCAGUGGGAGUACGGCAACCCAGGACUGGGUGGUUACCGCAUGGAGCAGAGGGUGCAGCGGCAAAUGCAGCUACCGCCGGACCUAGAUCCCACCGCCAUGACCUGCUGCCUGACGCCAUCCGGCCAGCUGUGGGUCCGAGGCCAGUGCGGGCCACUGCCUCCCCCCGAAGCCCAAGCAGGACCAUCCCCAAGACUCCGGAGCCGCACCUCUAAGAAGGGUUCCAACAGCCUGACCCAGUAA